AUGGCGAUCCUCCCCCGAAUCGCUGCGGCCGGCGGUCGCAGGCCGAGGUUGCCGCCGCUCCCGCCCGCAAGGACCCUCAUGACGGCGUUCGCGGCGGCGGCGACACUGGCCGUCCUGUGCCUCUUCUCCUCUUCGUCCCCGACCUCCUCGCUAUCGAGUUCCCGGAGAUCCGGUGCCGAUAAUGGAGACAGGUACCUGUACUGGGGCGGCCGCGUCGACUGCCCGGGCAAGCACUGCGGCUCCUGCGCCGGCCUCGGGCACCAGGAGUCCAGCCUCCGCUGCGCCCUCGAGGAGGCCCUCUUCCUCGGCAGAAUAUUUGUUAUGCCAUCCAGAAUGUGCCUAAGUUAUGUACAUAAUACAAAAGGGACCCAUCAAUCAAGCAAUGCAACUUCAAAGCAAAGAUGGGAAGAAAGUUCUUGUGCAAUGGAAUCCCUCUAUGAUAUAGAUCACAUCUCAAGAAUAGUACCUGUUGUUCUGGACAAUUCCAAGACGUGGCAUGCGAUAGCAUCAAGAGCUAUGAAAUUAGGAGAGAGAGGUGUGGCACAUGUGCAAGGUAUUAGCAGAGCAGAACUCAAAGAAAAUCCCAUGUACUCCAAUGCUCUCCUAAUAAACCGCACCGCAAGUCCUCUUGCUUGGUUUAUGGAGUGCAAGGAUCGUAAAAAACGCAACUCUCUGAUGCUAUCCUACACCUUUCUGCCAAGUAUGCCAGCGAAAAAAUUGAGUGAUGCUGCAAAUAAGAUGAAGCAAAUACUUGGUGAUUACGAUGCUAUUCAUGUGCGACGAGGCGAUCUAUUGAAAAACAGGAAAGACAGGUUUGGUGUUGAAAGGAGCCUUCAUCCCCAUCUGGAUAGAGAUACCCGCCCUGCGUUUAUCAGGAACAGAAUUGCAAAAUGGAUUCCACCUGGUAGAACCUUAUACAUUGCCUCAAAUGAAAGAACACCGGGCUUCUUCUCUCCUCUAUCAGACCGAUACAAGUUAGCAUACUCAUCCAACUUCAGUAGCAUAUUAGAGCCAAUAAUUGAGAAUAAUUAUCAGCUAUUCAUGGUGGAGAGGCUAAUGAUGCGAGGAGCAAAGACGUUCGUCAAGACAAUGAAAGAAUUUGACAAUGAUCUGACCCUGUGCGAUGAUCCGAAGAAGAACACCAAAGUUUGGGAAAAGCCAGUCAGUACCAGAUGACUGGUGGUACCUAGCUAUUCUGGGCCACCUCUCCUACAACCCGUCUAUCUUUCAGAAAUUUGAAGAGUUCACAUGAAUGGGCAAUUAAUCAUGAAAGUUUCUGAAAAUAUAUUGAUGUUCUUUCCCUGAAGAUGACUGGAGUCAACCAGCUUCAGGGAAUUCUAUGCUGCAGCAGAGGGUUGUUCAUAUACACCAUGUUUUCUUAUAUUCAGGAAAGUUGUUAGAUCAUUUGUUCGUUCUUCUGCAAUUAGGCAAUAUAUAGAUUUCAACAGAUUUUUUUUGCAACUAUACGUUAUGUAUAUAAUAUAUUCCACAUCCUUUUGUAUAUGUAUGUAAAAAUCAACUGGGACGUAGAAGAUUCAGUUGUAGAGAUAAUUAAUUGUUAUGGAGUAUCAUUUUAACGAGGUAUUAA